GAAAAAUGCGUUCGGUUAUAUCAGCAAGAAAUUGUAUCUAAAUAUGUGUUUGAAAUGUUCCGUUAUUUUAACAUAUUUUACUGGUCUCUGUAUGUCAAAAGUUAUAUCGAUUUAUUGGCAAUUCGAUGUGUUGUCGUUGCUGCUUUUAUGGGUUUGGGUUAAGUUCUAGGAUGGUUGUGGAAGAAUCAGAUACAGUAUUUUCUCGACAAUCAUUCUACAGCAGGAUUUAUCGUCAGUGUUUUUCUCCGGAUGGUAACUGGUUAGUGGUGACGGAUUCGCACGCUCAUCUAUAUGUUUUCGGACUUCGUCAAGCUCUUGAACUGAAUGCUUCCAGCAAUGAGCGACGAUUCAAGUAUCAACUAAAAUUGGAUGAACCAAUUUUCGCUUUGAGUACGGUUCAUUCAAAAUUAGUAUGUGGUAACUCAGUGGGUCAGUUAGCUAUUUAUAACUGGGAUGAUAUCACCCACUUCGGUACUUCCGAUCGGUGCGAUCCUUUAUGCAAAUUUAGUGGUUUUCCCGCAAAUUUGCCAGUUGUUCCACCAUGUGAAAUAAAUGCGAUAGCUUGCAUCGACAACAGCUCUAUGUUGUAUGCUGGAGCUGGAGAUAAUGCAAUUCGUUUGGUGCAAAUCGAACGUCCGGAUAAGAUCAUUUCGACAUUCGUCGGACAUGGUGAAUAUGUAAAUGAAUUAGCAGUACAAUCAGAACAUGUUUUUUUGAGCUCAUCUGAAGAUGGCACUGUUCGCCUUUGGGAUGUUCGUUCUAAGUAUAUCCAUGUUUUUAAUGUAGCUUCAGAAGGAAAGCUUAGAAGUGGUUGUGGUCGCGGAGUUUGCGCUUUGGAUGUUGAAGAAGAUUUUAUGAUUUGUGGCGGAGAUGUGCAGCCUGCUAUUUGGCAUAUUGGUUCAAGAUCAUUAGCGUCAUCUUUAAUUUGUGAACGUCCUUUUCUAAUGCGAUGCACAGUAGCAAAAAUGAAUGGUGAUCGUAUUUUAAUAGGAGGAAGUUGUUCGGAUCUGUUGCAAUUUGAUUACUCGGGCCAGCAUCUGACAUCGGUGAAGACAUCACUCCGGAAUAUUUAUUCUAUAGAAACGAAUUCACUGGGUACAAAUGCAAUGACAACAGUUGCUGGUGACUCAGUUCUAAUCGAUGCUUUCUUGAAUCUUGGCUAUGUUUCUUUUUCUUUCUCGACUACUUCGACGCAGCUUACCAAUUCUCAACUGUAUGUAUAACUCGGAGUAUUCUUUCUGCAUAUUUCUUCAUUUAGAUGAAAAAAUAUAUCUCUGUGUCUGUCGGAUUACCGAAAUUAAAGCUAUGUUCAAAUAAAAUUGCUACAAUAUCCAACAGACAGGGUGACGAAAUCUCGCAAGUAAAAUUAAAGCAAUGAAGAG